UUUCUUAACAUCUUGUUUUCAGGAGCUGAACCAAUGACUCUUGGCUCCCCAACAUCUCCCAAACAAGGAACUAGUGCUCAAUUUCUCCCUGGGUUUUUGAUGGGUGACUUACCUGCCCCAGUGACUCCGCAGCCACGUGCUUUAUACGGCCCUUCAAUUGGUGUAAUGGAAACAAGGUCUCCCCUACUUGCAGGAGGGUCUCCCCCACAACCAGUAGUCCCUUCGCAUAAAGAUAAAGGUGGUGCUCCACCAGUUAGAAGCAUAUAUGAUGAGUUAUCUAGUCCUGGGCUUGGAUCAUCACCUCUAUCCUCAAGAAGACCAGCCAGCUUUAGUUUAACACAGAGCCCAUCAGUUGGAAUUCUGCCAUCAACACCGGGAGCAGCUUCAAGCAUGUUCAGUCCUGCAAGUAUUGGGCAGCCUAAGAAGACCACACUAUCUCCUGCUCAGCUAGAUCCUUUUUACACUCAAGGUGAUUCCCUUACUUCAGAAGAUCAACUUGAUGACACAUGGGUAACUGUAUUUGGAUUUCCUCAAGCAUCAGCUUCCUAUAUUCUACUACAGUUUGCUCAGUAUGGAAACAUAUUAAAGCAUGUGAUGUCCAACACAGGAAACUGGAUGCAUAUUCGAUAUCAGUCUAAGCUUCAAGCCCGGAAAGCCUUAAGCAAAGAUGGAAGAAUUUUUGGUGAAUCUAUCAUGAUUGGUGUCAAGCCCUGUAUAGAUAAAAGUGUGAUGGAAAACUUUGAAAGAAGCUCUACAUCCCCAAUGUCUUCGAUUUUCACUCCGCCUACAAAAUCUGCUGGCACACCAAUACAACCUGCGAAUAAUACUGCAAGGAUUUCUACAAUGAGACCUCUUGCAACAGCAUAUAAGGCUUCCACUAGUGACUAUCAGGUGGUUUCUGACAGACAAACUCCAAGGAAAGAUGAAAGUAUCGUAUCUAAAGCAAUGGAAUAUGUUUUUGGCUGGUAAUACACAAGAGGGAGUAACACACUAAGCUGGUCAGGGUUUGAACUAUACUACUGGCACUUGUAGUUAGUUGUAUAACUACUGGUGGCAGUAUUUUAUCUUACAGAGCACCUGUUAUGCCUUCAGUUUAUUCAGAAGACAUGUAGCUUGCACUUUAAAUGAUGGCAGUGUACACAUGGUUUUACAAACUGAGUAAGUAAAUAAAAGUGCUUUUUCCCCA